GGUAUAACAAGUGAGCAUUCUACGUUAGCGUAUCCAAGAGCAGGUAGAUGCCAAAACGAAAACAACGCGAUGAGAACUGUUCCUACUUGGGUUGACAAAGUUUCUGAUAAGGAUAAGGUUGAACAAUGCAUAUAUGACCUGUGUUUUCGACCAGAUGGGAGUCAGCUAAUCGUGGCUGCUGGUACACGCGUUCUCGUGUACGAUACCAAUGAUGGAACACUUAUUCAACCUCUAAAAGCACAUAAGGACGUUGUGUAUGCAGUCGCUUACGCAAAGGAUGGAAAGCGAUUUGCUUCUGGUUCUGCGGACAAGAGUGUCAUUAUCUGGACAAACAAGUUGGAGGGAAUUCUCAAAUAUUCGCAUAAUGAUCCCAUUCAAGCAUUGGCCUACAACCCGGUCACACAUCAACUCGCUAGCUGUGCAGUCAGCGAUUUCGGGUUGUGGUCACCGGAGCAGAAGUCCGUGCAGAAACACAAGGUCAGCUCACGCGUGACGUCAUGCGCGUGGACCAACGACGGCCAGUACCUCGCACUGGGAAUGUACAGUGGCUUCGUCAGCAUCAGAAACAAGGCGGGAGAGGAGAAAGUGAAGAUAGAUCGGAAAGGAAAUACAAUCUUUUCUCUGGCGUGGAAUCCUUCAAAGGACGAACCCUUCGACACACUGGCCAUUGUUGACUGGGGGCAGAAUCUCACGUUCUAUCAGCUCAGCGGAAAACAGAUAGGGAAGGAGCGGCGACUGGACUACGACCCGUGUUGCAUCAGCUACUUCUCCAGGGGAGAAUACCUCCUGCUGGGAGGCUCCAACAGUGAGGCGGUGCUGCACACCAAGGACGGGAUCCGACUUGCGGCCAUCAAGCCGCAGGAGUCGUGGGUGUGGUGCUGCCGCGCCCGCCCCGACUCCAACUACGUUGCGGUCGGGUGUCAGGACGGCACGAUAGCCUACUACCAGCUGAUCUUUAGCACCGUGCACGGCCUCUACAAGGACAGGUACGCGUUCAGAGAGAACAUGACAGACGUGAUCAUCCAGCACCUGAGCACCGAUCAGAAGGUGCGAAUCAAGUGUCGCGACCUUGUGAAAAAGAUUGCCAUCUACAAGGACCGGCUCGCGGUACAGCUACCUGACAAUGUGGUGAUCUAUGAGAUGUACUCCGGUGACAUGAUGCAUUACAAGGUGAAGGAGAAGAUUACUCGCAAGUUUGACUGCAACCUGCUUGUCGUCUGCUCGUCCCACAUCAUACUCUGCCAGGAGAAGAGGCUUCAGUGCUUCUCCUUCUCGGGAACGAAGGAGCGAGAGUGGGUUGUGGAGUCACUCAUACGCUACAUCAAGGUGAUUGGAGGUCCGGCUAGCAGGGAGGGACUGCUGGUCGGCCUGAAGAACGGCCAGGUUCUCAAGAUAUUCGUCGACAAUCCGUUCCCGAUCAUCCUGCUGAAGCAUCAGACGUCAAUCCGCUGCUUGGACCUGAGCAUGAACCGCGCUCGCCUGUCCGUUGUUGACGAGAACAACGUCUGCCUCGUCUACGAUCUAGCCUCCAAGGAGCUGCUGUUCCAGGAGCCAAAUGCGAACAGCGUGGCAUGGAACACACAGAACGAGGACAUGUUGUGUUUCUCCGGGGCUGGCGUGCUCAGCAUCAAGGCUGGAAACUUCCCCAUCCAACAGCAGAAGCUACAGGGAUUCGUGGUUGGCUUCUCUGGAUCGAAGAUCUUCUGCCUGCACCUGUACAACAUGACGACGUUUGAGGUACCGCAGUCGGCACCGAUGUACCAGUACCUGGAGAAGAAGAACUACAAAGCAACUAGAGGUGAAAAGGGAAAUUCUAAAACAUUUCACAAGGCUGGCAGACAGGAGGAUGCUGUGAAGGUACUCGGAGAACUCACUCAGAAUGCCGUCAAUGAAAACCGGUUCAACGACGCGGCCUACUACUACUGGAUGUUGUCCAUCCAAUGUCUGGACAUAGCAGCAGACGACGCAGACAAACAGGAGCAAAUGUUGGCGAUGUUUGUGCGAUUCCAACGACUCGCGGACGUCUACUAUGCCUACCACUCGAUCCAGCGCUACACGGACGAACCGUUUACAUCACACCUGCCCGAGGCCUUAUUCAACAUAUCUCUGUUCGAGCUCAACAGCAUUGGCACCGACAUACCGGCAGGCGUGUCGAAGGUAAACGUUUGUUUGGUCGGCGAAGCAGCUGGCGUCGAACCUGGAUCGCUACCGAGCUGUCGCGGCACACGUGCGAGCUGUCUGCAGCAACACCGCGAGUUACAGCGGAUGUGCUACCGGUGCUCCACCUAUAACCAACUGAACAGCGCGGCGCAGGACAACCGCUGCGGAAACUGUCGUCAGCCAUUUGUCUUCUCCUUCAUAUCCUACGAGGUGCUGCCCCUGGUGGAGUUUGUACUCGAGGAUGGGAUAUCGGACGAAGAGGCGUUACAGAUGAUCGAUUCAGAGUCUGGUUCUGGGAGCAAAGAUGGCGCCGAGGACCAGCAGUGGAGCGAGACUGCGAUCAGUGGAGGGGAGAGCAUGAAGAUGAACGAGGUAGGAGGUCACCAGCGAGAGGAUCCAUUCACUCAGAAACUGCUCACGUUCGAGCAGGCAGGCUCUGAGUAUCACCCGAUCAUCGUCGGUCGCGACAUCCUGCGAGCGAUGGAACGAUCCGACGUCAUCGUGUGUCGCUGGUCGAAGCCGCUACGCAGCACCUACUAUCGAAACAUGAUCCCUGACAUCUCCAUCACAAAGUGCCCGUCCUGCAAUAAGCUGUUCCACACAGACGACUACGAGCUGCUAGUACUGCAGAAGAAGCAAUGUCCCUUCUGCCGCAAGCCGACACUGGAUCGUGGAGAGCUGAGAGAUGGCUGACGACCACGACCACCUGGGGACGCUCAAGCUUACGCGU